CACCACCUUCUCCUCUACCUCCAAUGACGCCCAUGUUCGCCUUCAACCAUGACCAGCACUCUCCCGCCCAUCGUCCAGGCCGUCUCUGGCGCCGUUGGUAGCGCGUUCGCUAACGCCCUCACGUAUCCUCUGGAUCUGGCUACGACGCGACAGCAGCUGCACCGUAAACGAAAAGGCACCAGCGGACUGUACGACGGAAUACGUAUUCUUGUGCAUAUUAUAAGACGAUAUGGCUUGACUGCCCUAUACGACGGUAUAAUGACCGAUACCAGCGCAUCUCUUGUCUCCAAUUUCUGCUACUAUUACAUCUACACUUUUCUUCGAAAUUCCGUUCUUCGCUAUCGCUAUAAUGAUACCAAAGCCAAGAUAUCCCUUCCGAUGUUGCAAGAGCUUUUUCUCGGUUUCAUCGCAGGCGUCGCUUCUCGUGCGGUGUCGAUGCCGUUGAAUCUCAUUACCCUACGCCUGCAAGCUGAGCGCGACGCCGACGAUGACGACGAUGACGGAGACACUGAUGAAGCUCAAGAUGUGGGUUUGUCAUCGGUCAUCAAGUUCAUUUAUAGUGAACACGGGCUUUUUGGGUUUUGGCGAGGUUUCCAUACGACUAUACUAUUAUCACUCAAUCCCUCCAUAACACUCGCCGUCUUUCAGUUCUACAGAAGAGUUGUAGCUAGAUUAUCUCGCUCCCGGUCGUCUACAAUCAAGCCAAAUCCUAAGGAAGCUUUCAUUGGCGGAGCGGUGUCCAGUUCUAUUGCCGUGGCGAUCCUCUAUCCGCUUAUCCUCGCCAAACUCAGAUUACAAGCCCAACGCAAGACAACUUCUGCCAGUUCCGCGGCCACCUUGGGUUCCAUACUUCUCGACGCGUUGAAGAGCCCAGGCGGUUUAUAUCAAGGUUUAGAGAUGCAGAUUUCCAAAGGUUUUUUGGGCCAGGGUGUCUCAUUCCUGGUAAAAGAGAGGAUCGAACAAUUUGUUAUCCAAUCUUAUCUAAGUCGUCGUCGAAGCCAUGGAAAACCAGAUGCAGCAUAAUUAGUGUCCGCUGUUUACAAUGUUAGUUAAGACUCGCAAGAAUUCUCAACAGUUGAUGAAUCUGUAUGUUGCCGCCAUAUUAUAAGCGUCCGAUAUGGUGUAACGGCU